GUCGCUCUCGUGACGCUCGCAGCGCGACGGCGUCGAUGAUUGAUCAACUCCAAAAUGUUAUCUCGGUGUCUGUGCCAAGUUUACAAAACUUUGGUUUUGCGCAGCUUAAAGCUGACUUCAAUAGAUGUGGCUGUUUUGGCCAGGAGGAUUCAUUCUUCAGCAAAAGAGCUGUCGGACUGUGAGUUAAAGGAACAAACCAUCCAGAAAUGUGAAACUGAAGAGUUGCCUCAAAGUAUGGAAAACAAUGACGGUGGAAGAUUGCACGUACCAGUGAUGCUGGAGGAGGUUGUUAAUUGUUUAUCCCCCCAGCCAGGCCAGCAGCAUUUCCUUGACAUGACGUUUGGAGCCGGUGGUCACACUAAAGCUCUUCUGGAGAAAGCAAGCAACAUCACGAUAUAUGCACUGGACAGGGACCCCACAGCUUAUAACAUAGCUCAGCAGCUUUCAGAAUUGUACCCGAAACAGAUUCGAGCUCUUCUAGGACAGUUUAGCCAGUCAGAGGCUUUGUUAAUCUCUGCUGGAUUAGAGCCAGGGACUCUAGAUGGAGUUCUCUUGGAUGCUGGCUGUUCUUCUAUGCAAUUUGAUACACCUGAAAGAGGAUUUUCCCUGCAGAAAGAUGGACCUUUGGACAUGAGGAUGGAUUGGGACAGGUACCCUGACAUGCCCACUGCUGCUGAUGUUGUGAAUGCUUUAGAUCAACAGGCGCUUGCGUCCAUCCUGAGAACAUAUGGGGAGGAGAGACACGCCAAGAAAAUCGCUUCAGCUAUCGUUCAGGCACGCAGCAUAUACCCCAUCACCAGGACUCAGCAGCUUGCAAGCAUUGUUGCAGGUGCUUUUCCAGCAUCAGCACUGUAUGCACGGAAGGAUUUGCUGCAGAGACCUACACAUGUUGCUACCAAAACUUUCCGAGCUCUGCGAAUAUUUGUAAAUAAUGAACUCCAUGAACUCCUUAUAGGGCUGAAGACAGCUGAGAAGUUUCUAAAACCUGGAGGUCGCCUCGUAGCCCUCUCCUUUCAUUCACUAGAAGAUCGUAUUAUCAAACGUUUUUUUCAUGGAAUAGACAUGACAGAGAAGUACAAUCUUGGUGCAAAACAGAAGAUAAGACAGGCUCUGAAAAGUUGCUCCAAAGAAGAUACAGAAGAAAUAUCCCCUGGGAAAUCCAAUUCAAAGUGGAUUUUUAUGCAGAAAAAAGUUCUCACACCCCAGGCCAAGGAUAUUCAAACAAACCCAAGAGGAAGGUCAGCCAAGCUAAGAGCUGCUGUUAAACUCUAAAACGAAACAGAUGAUUGUAUAAUUGUAUCAUUUCCUUACAUUUUGUUUUCCAGAAGGCUAACUGGGAUAGUAUCAAACUGGAAAAAAAUAAAUUUAAGGCUGUUAGAAAACAUUUCUUUCUUACCUUUGUGUUUCCUUCAAAUUAGGAUGUAGUGCAGAGCAUCAGAAGGUAAAAUAAAUAAAUUAAAUGCAGAUAGGUGGGUGUCACUAAUUUUGCAAAAAAGAAAUUUUUUAAAAAGAGCAUCAAACAAAGAGUUUAUAGAAGUUACAGGUUUGAUGUAUUUGUAGUGUUUUCUUCAGAUUUAAUUCAAAUUCCUGACAUUAACAAUCAACUCAGUAGCUGAUUGAGACAGAUCCAUUUUUAUGGGGUUUCACACAUGUCAGUCAGAUGGCUGGUUUAGUCUAGGGUAAGUUUAAACUAACCUAAGAAUUCAUGAUGCCCAAGUCUCUUUUUCUCAACUGACUUUUUGCAUGGAUGCUUGUGGGGCAAGUGCUAGCUCUUAAACAAAUAAACUGGUAUCUGUAUGUUAUGUUCUAUCCAGGAAUUUGUAAAUUGACUCUUACGUUUUCUUCUAAAUAAAUAUUUGCUUUUUGGAGUGA